ACGCAGAACCGCGCGGCGCGGGCGGCGAUGGUGUCCGAGGCAGAGCACCGUCCCCUGGGUGUGUUUGAGUGUGAGCUCUGUGCCUUGACAGCUCCGUAUAGCUACGUGGGGCAGAAGCCCCCGAACACCCAGUCGGUGGUACCCAUUCCUGCCCAGGCUCUGGAUGCUUCAGAGAAGCUGCACCGUGUCCCCAGGGUGCCAGCCUCCUUCCUUUCUCCUUUCUUUCAGGAGUGCAGCUUGUUCUACUCCAAGAGAUUUUGCCUCCCUUGUGUCCAGAAGAACAUCAGUGCUUUUCCUCAGGAAAUUCGGCAAGACUUGGAGAAAAGGAAAGCUCCGUCAAAGAGGCCUUCCAGCCAGCCCAGUUCUCAGACAUGA